AUGUCUCUUCCUACCGACUUCAAUCUCAUCAUCAAUUCAAAUCCUUCCAUUCACGGCUGGGUUGUUAUUGACAAAACCAAUCCUGAGUUAAUAUUUUGUUGUGAUAAUCGUUCAGCGAAUUUCUCCGCUGUCCUCAUUUUUCCGGAGGGGACUCCCAACACCCCUCCAACUAAUAUCGAAGUCGGCCAAAAGAUAUGGAUCACGGGACAUAUUUUCAAACAUGAAAAAGAUCUUGUUUACGUUGCAGCUACUACUGUCUUUUUCAACUCCGCCGAUACUCCACCUAUAUUCAUCUGA